AUGAGUAAUAAAGAUAUCGAUACUCCUAACGAAGUUGUUUCUCAAGAAGUUGAAGAGCCUAAAUCCACCGUGCAACAGGAAGCUGAUGUUGAUAUAGAUAACAUUCCCAUAGAUAUGGACGAAGUGGAAGAUGUUGCAGAAAUGAGUGACAGUGAAGGUACUUUAUUUAUUUUUUAUUAUUUCCCCCAAGAGGACCAAAUCUUUGAUGACAAAGAAGCAACCACGGAUAAGAAUGACGGAACAGAUGAAAACGUGAAUACAUUAGAACACACUGAAGCACCCUCUAAACUAUUCAAACUUCCAACCAGUCGAAUAAAAUCUAUUGUCAAGCUUAUUCCUUCUGUUCACAUGGUCAACUCCGAAGCCAUCGCUGCUAUUGGCAAAGCUACCGAGUUGUUUCUUAAAGAGCUCGUCUCCGAAUCAUAUCAGGUAGCACGUGAAUCAGGAAAGAAAACUCUCGCUAUUGGCCAUAUUGAAGGCGUUAUCCAAACGCUACCUCAAUUUGAAUUUCUAGACGGAAUGCUUAUUUGA